CUUACACUUAUUUCAAAUUCUACAACAAACUUCAUUUAAACUCCUGCGAGGUCGAAAAGUAAAUAACUCUUAGUGAUAGUGGCCGAAUACGUGAAAAUUUUGAAAGAAAAAAAUUGGGAAUAAGUAGUGCAACAUGGCUUCUUUGAUCACUGUGCGUCUCGAUAAGGGAUCUUCCCCCAAUCUGGGUUUCAGGUUACAGGGAGGAAAAGAUUUCGGCACGCCACUGGUCAUUCAAAAGGUGAAUGGUGGUUCUCCGGCAGAGCGAGCUGGAUUAAUAGCUGGUGAUUCCGUGAUCAAAGUAAACACCACAGAUGUUUUCAACCUGAGACACAAAGAUGCGCAAGACGUAAUAAUCAGAGCAGGACCUGCUUUCGAAGUUACUGUUCAAAGAGGAGGAUCAGUUUGGAAACCUGCAGUCACUCCCACGGGACCCGUACAUUCAGCAGCAACCACUGUCACUAAGACCUCCUUGGCUGCUACCAAGAAAGAUACAAGUGGAAGCAUUGGUACUGCGCACAAUCUCUCAGCUAAGCCGUUCAGUCCACAGUUGAAUGGUGCUGUGAAUGGUGGACCAAAGCUAGUCAAUAAUCAAUACAACUCUCCGUUGAAACUGUACUCUGAAGAGAGCAUAGCUGAAACCUUAUCCGCGCAGACCGAAGUUUUGUCAACAGGAGCCCUAGGAGUUAAUUUUAAGAAAAACGAAAGGACCUAUGACGCCACCAACAGCGCUGUUUAUCGUAUGCUUCAGGAAGCUGAGAGUGAGCCAAAGACACCUGAAGCAGUAAGCCCCCGCCCCGAUUUAUACGCUGUUGGCGGUCGCCAAGUGACAUCGCCGAGAUCUAAUACCCCGCUAGACGACCACAGUCGGCUAAGCAGUCGAUUGGGGGAUUAUCCAAAUACCUAUAACCCUAAUCAGGAGGGAGUCACUAAGUGUACCGAAUGCGAAAGGGUCAUCGUUGGAGUGUUUGUGCGCAUUAAGGACAAGAACUUGCACGUUGAAUGCUUCAAGUGCUCCACUUGCGGAACAUCUUUGAAGAACGUUGGAUAUUACAACAUCAACAACAAGUUGUAUUGCGAUGUCCAUGCGAAACUAGCUGCAAGAACUAAUCCUCCAGCUCCAAAUUUGGUACCGGUAACAGUACCUCCUGGUGGUAAAUCUCCUGUUACUGCUAUUUCUUCGGCUAUAGCUUCUCAUCCAUUACCUGCACCUGCACCUGCACCACUUCCAACACUUCCAAAAACAAAUUUCGCCCAACCGUUCCAGCCUUCACAAGACGAUAAGGAAACAAUUACGAUGCCUUUGCAAAGUCUAAAUAUAACAACAGAGUCUAAUAGCAGUAAUAAAAUAAAUAAUAAUGUUUUAAAUAACAGUACACCACUUUCCUUCAACAAAUUCAUGAACAAGGCUGGUAACUACUCGACAACUCCUAAACCAUUCUCGAGCGUGAGUGCACCGGUGUCAGCUCCAAAUUACAACACUUUACCUAGAGCGGCACCUCCUCCAGCUGCACCAUUAUCUCCUGUGGUUCCAGCACCUGCUCCAUCUUUCAGUCCAGCAUCACCAGCUGAAGAUCGUAGUGUACAAAAUUUUGUGUGGCCGCCUCCUCCAGAAGAACCCGAAGUUCCUACAGCUUGUCCAUUAUAUGUCCCACCUGCUACUCACCUUAACGUAAAUCCAAAAACUAUUAAACAAGAAGACGUUGAUAAGUCUGACACAAUAUCAGAAACUGAAGAUUUCGAAGUUUAUAACUUCAACAUGUAUCAGCAACCAAAAUUAUCCUUGGCUUCUGAAGAAGUUUGCGAGAUAACUGGUAGAAGAAGUGCCGUUGAAUGCAUUGAAACGAUAUCUGAGACUCUAGAGACUCAAAAACUGAUUGAAAACGUUCUGAAAAACCGACCCAAAUCCCCGCCUCCACUUAACGUAGAUAUUGUUAUUCCAGAGAUUAUCAAAACUGAAAAGGUUUGUACCACAGAAUGCUCGUUAAAAGAAUCUAGUAUCGCGUCUUGUGAAAGUGUGCAAUCUUGCGAACUUAAAAGAUUGACCGACUUUAAACCGAACACAGUAGAAUGUAAAUUAGUGAGUCAAAUAGAAAACGUGGUUCCACAAAAAUGGGAGUCUCCCAUGGUACAAGCUUUACGUACGAUACCGGAUGCAUCUAAAGAAAAGGAUCCUUUCACUCAAAUACCGAAAAAAUUCUCUUCUAGCGCUUUGGCAUCAGCGUUGGUUAUUGCUCCAUCAGAACCCUUUACAGCCCAACCAGUGAUAACUACAGUAGAACCAAUACCGCUUCCAGAAGAAACCGUUCCUUAUUUUCCACCAGAACACACUUUUGUUAUCGAACCAAAAGAACCAAAACCGGAGAAACCUCCAACCCAAUUUGUGAAAGCGUUACAAACAGCACCAGAACGACCCUUUACCCCUGUCGGUGGAGCACCUGUAAAGAAAAAGAAAGAUCCAACUGAUGAAUUUUUUAAAGAUUUGCCAAAACCUCAGUGCAGACUCUCAAUGCGAGAUGCGUUAACGACAGCUUCUGACAGACCGUAUUCUCCACUUUUUCCAGAAAGUGUUACAGUUGAGCAAAUAUCUGUAAAAGAAGCGGCUUCAGAAAGAAAAGAAGUAAACAACAAUUUACAAAAACCUUUAAAACCUACUGCGCUGCCCUCAUCUUUCCAAAGACCUUUAAGAGAAGAGAAGCCACAAGCGCCUAAACCUUUUCCAGUUACAAUACACGAAAAGAAAGAAGAAAAAGAGAAAGAUGUGCAAACAUCAUCAUCUAAAGUUAUUGAAAAACAUAAGACGGAAAGUACUGUCGAAGAGUCCAUUGAGAACAUCGAUGACGAGAAACCACAAGGAAUGUAUCCAUUGUUCAAAGGGUUCAGUUGUUCUUUUGAAAACAAAUCAGAGCACUCACAGUUUAAAAUAGAAAUUUCGACGUCUCCUCCUAUCAUUCAUUCAGACAGGUCUCAGACUCCUAGUGUGAAAAUUUCUCGAACGGGUGCUAGCACUGAAAGCGUUACAGAAACCAUAAAGGAAGAAUCCAAAAUCCACGAAAAGUCUCGCGAAGAAUCUAAACAAAUAGCAAAACAAAGUGAACAAGUUGUUUUAAAAAAGCCUGUGCCCUUGGUUUCAGCCUUACACAAACCUGACAGAUUGCCUCAGUAUCAAGUAAACUUAUCCGAAAAUGCUGAAGCAGACUUGCUGAUUAUGCAAAAAGUUGAGGCUGCUAAGGCACGACAACAGGAGCAACAGCUACAACAACAGAGACAACAACAGCAACAAUUAGAACAACAAAGACAACAACAGCAACAAUUAGAACAACAAAGACAACAACAGCAACAAUUAGAACAACAAAGACAACAACAACAAUUGCUGCAGCAGAGACAACAACUGCAACAACAACAAUUGCAGCAAGAGAGACAGCAACAACAACUGUUGCAGCAGAGACAACAAAUCCAGCAGCAACAGAGGCAGCAACAACAACAAUCUAGCAUUCCUCCUCCACCGAAACCACCAAGAGAAUUCCAGAUGAAACCAAUUAUCAGAGUACAGCCGGGAGAAAAUAACUUGCAUCCUGACCAGUCGUUUAAACCAGUUUGUGAAGAAAGACCACCAAGUUCAACAUUUUCGCCUCGUCCACGAGCAGUUACACCUAGCAUGAUUAACAAACCACCACCGGUUAUACCUUAUUACCAGGCUAGUUUAGUAGCUCAACAAUACAAAGCAGCAGAAGUCAAUUUAUUAAACCCUGCGAGUCCUGCUAUUUCGCGAUCACCAAGUCCUUGUCCUGAAAGAAGAAGUGUGUCUCCUUUUUCAUCAAGGCCUUCUGCUGCUAUUAGACCCAAAUCUCCUGCAGCUGGCCCACCACCUAAUCCUUUAAAAUCUGAUAAGCCGUUACCUACACCCAGAGAUUCUAGAGUAGAAGCAGCAAGACAAAAUUUAUCCACUUAUAUUCCUCAGUACAAGGACAGAAUCGGUGGUGUUGUGAAAACAGAAUCGACGGUCCCUCAGGUUUAUAAUGCUUUUGUAAAAACGCAAAGUGUUGGCGGGCAACAACUACAACAAACUGCCUUGAGUAGUCAAAAAUGCAUACAGAUUGAUGCUGCAAAGAAAUGUAUGAUGAAAGAAGACAGAACAGUUGAAGAUGCUGCAAGGGCUCAAAUCAUAUCACAACAAAGUGGACAGGCCACUAUGUCGACUGCCAUACUCGAAAAGUCUCAUUUAGAUCACUUAGAACAAAUGAAGAAGUCCGAGUCUCAGAGCUUAGAAAGUUCAAGUGACGGUACCGUUCAAGUUCAGAGAAAGAAAACUGUAACGGAAGAAUUCGAACAUACCCAAAAAGCAAAAUUUGUGCAAAUCGAGAAAAAUGUUACUAACACGAAACAGUAUCCUUUUAGGGAGGUAAAAAACCCAAUUGUUGAACAGCCUGGAAUUGUAGGAAUGCACGUGACUAAUCCCCAGCCAAUUAUAUCUCCUUUUUUAAAAGCUAAUGCUUCGCAGUCAGAAUCAGCACCUAAACCAUUACUGCAAGUUCAGCAACCUCCUCAACAACAGAAACAGCAGCAACAGCCUCCGAAACCAUGUCCCAUUAAACAUAUCCCAGCUCCAUCGUUAACGUCUCCUAUCAGACAUGUUACUGCCCCUUCGGGUUCUGCGAAGAAACCUGACCAAAGUGUAAACAGAUCCAAUAUUCCCGUUCCCAAUACAGGUGCAGGUUCAGGUUCAGGUUCAGGUGGUGGUCGUCAAGCCGGAGCUGUUGGUGUAGCACCAAAACGUGGUCGUGGUGUUCUCAACGCUGCAGCACUGGCCGGAACAAGAAUAGCACUUUGCGCGUCGUGUCACUCGCAGAUCAGGGGUCCGUUCAUCACCGCUCUUGGCAAGAUCUGGUGUCCGGAACAUUUCAUUUGUGCAACACCUUCCUGCAGACGCCCUCUUCAAGAUCUUGGCUUUGUAGAAGAGCAAGGCCAAUUGUAUUGCGAAUACUGCUUUGAACAAUACUUGGCUCCCACUUGUGCUAAAUGCAGCGCCAAAGUUAAAGGGGAUUGCCUCAAAGCUAUUGGAAAGAACUUCCAUCCUGAGUGCUUUGCAUGCUUCUACUGCGGAAAACUCUUUGGAAACAAUCCGUUCUUCUUGGAAGACGGAAAUCCUUACUGUGAAACGGAUUGGAAUGAACUCUUCACUACCAAGUGCUUUGCUUGCGGUUUUCCGGUCGAAGCUGGCGAUCGUUGGGUAGAAGCUUUGAACAACAACUACCACAGCCAGUGCUUCAAUUGCACGAUGUGCAAGAAGAAUUUGGAAGGACAAAGCUUCUUUGCUAAAGGAGGACGUCCAUUCUGCAAGAACCAUGCUCGCUAAGAAGCAUGCCGUUCAUGUUACCGUAUUUAUUUAGUGCUUUUCUUUGAAAUAAAUGUAUAGGCACCUAUUAAACUGUUGACCCCAUUAAACAUGACACGACUUACUUACCAAAAGAUAAACUGAUAUACCUUGUAUAUUGGUAUUGUUAAUAGUGCUAGUCUUAAAGUGUUACGCAAUUGUAUUUGUUUAUAAAGUGAAGUGUAGAUAAUGUUAUAUAAUGUAUUAUAAUUAAUUUUAUCAUAUUUAAGUGCCAUUAUAAGAUGUAAUAAAUAGAUGGACUGUUCUUGGCAAAUUCUUUAUGAAUAAAUCUAGAUGUAUGUAUUAA